GUUAGAGUUUACGAGGUGCACAUGAAUGCAGCAUAUACGUCUUUCAGCCGGUGUUUUCAUAUUUUUAACGCCCCUCCGGUCUCGUGCGGUGGUUUCCAUGCUCCAGAGACGACAAACGUAGCGUACAGGAGUGACAUGACUCUGACCAGAGGAUCUUUCACCUAUGCCAGUGGGGAAGAGUAUCACGGAGAGUGGAAAGAAGGUCGGAGACAUGGUGUUGGCCAGCUCAAAUUUCAGGAUGGAACCUGCUACAGUGGCCAGUUUGAGAACGGACUCUUCCACGGCUCUGGUGUGCUCUUCUUUACAGAUGGGUCAAGGUAUGAAGGAGAAUUUGCACAUGGAAAGUUUCAAGGCACGGGAGUCUUCAGCCGAUAUGAUGGCAUGAAAUUUGAAGGAGAGUUCAAAGAUGGACGCGUUGAGGGAUAUGGGCUAUUGACUUUCCCAGAUGGAGCACACGGUGUCCCACGAAAUGAGGGCUUGUUUCAAAACCACAAGCUGCAGAAGAGAGAGAAGUGUCCAGGAGUGGUGCAGCGAGCACAGGCCUCAGCCUCCAGCGCUCGCACUCUGGCACUUUGACUGUCACUGACCCCGGACAGGACAUGGUCAGGGUUCCAGCACCUUCCAGGAGGACCUCAGGGAUGUGUACUCGUAUACUCCCCUCAAGCUCUGCUCUCUGUGUCUUUCUCUCUCUUUUUACCAUCACUUUCUUUUUUUUUCCCUUUUUCUGCAUCUUCCUUGCUCAGCCUUUACAGUGGCUUGGAUUGAACAUGCAGUGGACCAAACAAAGACUUUCUGUAUGCCUGACUUCAAAUGCACAACACCAUGAAGCACACCUUUAACUUGACAAGUAUAAACACCAAAUACUGCUGGU